GAGAAGAAAUCACCGCCUCAGCUGGGCGUCUUGAAGCGCGCGGGAACUCGGGUGGGGACUAUGCACUCCGAAAACAGGUUUAGGGCCAUAAAUAUAUCGUAGCAUAGCCCACUAACACGUUCCCUAUUCGGAGCUAUAAGGAAAUGUGUUUUUAAAACUCCAACGCUUACGCAUGUGGCGUUUGAAAAUGAGUAUCCCAGUUCGCAGGAGGUCCCCGCCCCUGGUUAUCCCCUUAGCUCCUUGGCGUGGACCGUGCUACUGCGCCUGCUCUCCAGCGACACCCGCCGUUAGCUAACUCUGGCUAAAGUGCGCACGGUCGCCCAGGGAACCCGGUGCCUAGCUGCUGCAAGGUUCUGCUGAGUACUGCUUGCAGCGGUUUCCCGAGGCGUCAACGCGCCACUCUCCGAGACGGCGUCCGGUACUCAGAACGUCCCGGAGAAGCUCUCGAGCCGCGCCCUCCCAUCCGUGGCGAUGCAACUAAGCUCCGCGAGGUGCUGGCUGAUAGCCUGCGUGAUGGAGUGGGCAGGAUGAACUCUGGGAGAAAAGUAUCAGGAGGCUUGACGGAGCUUGCCCUUAGUAGCAAAAAGUUCUGGUCCACUCAUUAGCAGGAAGCCCAAACUGUGGCCCUGAGACGGGCCUGAGACUCAGAGCUGCCUCGGGAGGUACCGUUUGUCUUCGGCUCUUUCCGCCACAAGUCGCCAGCCGUCGUUUUGGGAGGUAGUGCGGCUGUCCCUCGACUGCUUCCGCUUUCCUUAGCGGCGUUGUCCCGGCAACACGGAGGCACAGGGAAUCUGGCGAAAUUAGAUUUCUAUACCUGAGGUUUCGUCCUUGACUAGGUCCGUGCACCAUCAUGGCGCUGUAUUUUGACCACCGAAUCAAAGCUCCAGAUGCACCCAGCUCCCCCUCUCACAUCACCUGGCACCCCACCCAUCCAUUCCUGGCAGUAGCAUCUAUAAGUCCGUCUUCUGGAGGCAACGUAGACAUCUACCUUGAACAAGGUGAGCCUGUGCCUGACACCCACAUUGAGAGGUCCUUCCAGGCCACUUCACUGUGCUGGCACCCAACAAGGCUUAUCCUGGCUAUUGGCUGGGAAACUGGAGAAGUGAUAGUGUUUAAUAAGCAGGACAAGGAGCAGCACACAGUGCCCCUGCCACACACCGCUGACAUUGCCAUCCUCAGCUGGAGCACCAGUGGGAGCUGCCUGGUGUCUGGAGAUAAGCUUGGUGUCCUGCUCCUGUGGAGACUGGACCAGCGAGGCCGAGUACAGGGGACACCACUCCUGAAACAUGAAUAUGGGAAAGCACUCACUCAUUGCAUCUUCCGGCUCCCCCCUCCUGGGGAGGAUCUGGUUCAGUUGGCAAAGGCAGCAGUAAGUGGGGAUGAGAAAGCCCUGGACAUGUUUAACUGGAGAAAAAGCAGCUUUGGAAGUUUCCUGAAGACGGGAUCUCAGGAGGGGCUGUAUUUCUUUGUCAGUCUCAUGGAUGGGACAGUGCACUAUGUGGAUGAAAAGGGCAAGACUGCCCAGGUGGCGUCCACAGACAGCUCCAUCCAGACGUUAUUCUACAUUGAGAAGAGAGAGGCACUGGUUGUGGUCACACAGAACCUUCUACUGUCUCUGUAUGUGGUGACUCCUGAGGGAGAAGCUGAAGAAGUCAUGAAGGUAAAGUUGAGUGGGAAGACAGGCCGCCGGGCAGAUAUCACUUUGAUAGAGGGCAGCCUUCUUGUGACAGCCAUUGGGGAACCUGUGCUCAGGUUCUGGGACCUAGAACGGGGAGAGAACUACAUACUGAGUCUACAGGAGACGUUCGGCUUUGAAAGGGGAGAGAAUAUAAACUGUGUGUGUUUCUGUAAAGCCAAAGGUCUCCUGGCAGCGGGUACCCAUAAAGGACGAAUAGCUAUGUGGAAAAAAGUGCCAACCUCCCCAAGUGGUCGUGGGGCGGAGGGCAAGGACAUGUGGGCCCUUCAGACACCUACUGAGCUUGAAGGAAACAUCACACAGAUAAAGUGGGGCUCCAGGAAGAACCUUCUGGCGGUGAGCAGCACUGAGUCCGUGUCCAUCCUCAGUGAGCAAGCCAUGUCAUCACACUUCCACCAGCAAGUGGCUGCCGUGCAGAUCUCCCCGAGCCUAGUCAAUGUGUCUUUCCUGUCCACGGGGGGCACACACAGCCUGCGCACCGACAUGCACAUCAGUGGAGUAUUCGCCACCAAGGAUGCUGUGGCUGUCUGGAAUGGAAAACAGGUGGCGAUCUUUGAACCUUCUGGAUCCACCUUAAGGAAUGCAGGGACAUUCCUGUGUGAAACAUCAGUGCUAGCCAUGCACGAGGAAAGCAUUUACACUGUGGAGCCAAACCGACUCCAAGUCCGGACCUGGCAGGGAACUGUCAAACAACUUCUGCUGUUCUCUGAGACCGAGGGGAGCCCCUGCUUCCUAGACGUCUGUGGGACUUUCCUGGUUGCAGGGACAGAUUUAGCUCACUUUAAAAGUUUUGAUCUUUCCAGAAGGGAAGCAAAAGUACACUGUGGCAGCAAGAACCUGGCCCAGCUGAUCCCUGACGUGGGGAGCAUCACUUCUCUGAGAUGCAAUGCCAAUGGGAACAAGAUCAGCAUCCUCCUUAGCAAGGUUGAUAACAGUCCUGAUUCCAAAAUCUACAUCUAUGAUGUUGAAAUGGACACAGUGAAUGUCUUCAACUUCAAGACUGGACAGAUUGGACAGAUACAGACUCUGCCCUUUAAUGAGCCACCGACUAAUGAGACCCACUUCUUUAUGGAUGAGAGCCUAGCAAGUUACGUUCCUGUGAACCAUUUCUGGGAUCAGAGUGAGCCUAGGCUCUUUGUGUGCGAGGCCUUGCAGGAGGCACCUGGAGCCCAGCCACAGGCUGUAGACAAGCAACCCCAUGUGGAGGAAGGCACAUGCCACAAGGAAGAAGUAUUGAUUCUCUCAUUCUUCGCUUCUGAAGAACAUGGCUUCCUGCUCCAUGACAGCUUCCCCCGGCCUUCAACCUACCAGAACCUUCUGGGCAUGGAAGUGCCUCACUAUUACUUCACAAAAAAGCCUGGAGAAGCAGACAAAGAAGACAGAGUGGAUUCUGGGCACUACCACAUCCCUCAGAUGGUAGCCAAGAGGCCCCUACGAGACUUUGUGGGGCUGGAGGACUGUGACAAGCCUACUCGGGAUGCCAUGCUCAACUUCAGCUUCUUUGUCACCAUUGGAGACAUGGAUGAAGCUUUCAAAUCUAUCAAACUCAUCAAGAGUGAGACUGUCUGGGAGAACAUGGCACGCAUGUGUGUGAAGACUCAGAGGCUGGAUGUUGCCAAGGUGUGCCUGGGGAACAUGGGCCAUGCCCGUGGGGCCAGAGCACUGCGGGAAGCUGAGCAGGAGCCAGAACUGGAAGCCAGAGUGGCCAUGCUGGCCAUACAGCUGGGCAUGCUGGAGGAGGCUGAACAGCUGUAUAAGAAGUGCAAACGCUACGACCUCCUGAACAAGUUCUACCAGGCCUCAGACCAGUGGCAGAAAGCUGUGGAGGUGGCGGAGCUCCAUGACCGUGUCCACCUGCGCACCACCUACUACAACUACGCCAAGCACCUGGAGGCCAGCGCUGACUGUGGCCUGGCUCUCAGUUAUUAUGAGAAGUCAGACACCCAACGUUUUGAGGUACCCAGGAUGCUCUCAGAAGACCUGCAGUCACUGGAGCUCUACAUCAAUAGGAUGAAAGACAAGACCCUGUGGAGAUGGUGGGCCCAGUACCUUGAGAGCCAGGCAGAGAUGGACACUGCAUUGCGCUACUACGAGCUGGCACAGGACUACUUCUCACUGGUCCGUAUUCAUUGCUUCCAGGGCAACAUUCAGAAGGCUGCUGAAAUAGCCAACGAGACUGGAGACUGGGCUGCAUCCUACCACCUUGCCCGGCAGUACGAGAGCCAGGAUGAGGUAAAACAGGCGGUACACUUCUACACGCGGGCACAGGCUUUCAACAACGCCAUCCGCCUGUGCAAGGAGAAUGGCUUAGAUGACCAGCUCAUGAACUUGGCCCUGUUGAGCUCCCCAGAGGACAUGAUCGAAGCAGCCCGGUAUUAUGAGGAGAAGGGCGAGCAGAUGGACAGGGCUGUCAUGCUGUACCAUAAGGCCGGACACUUUUCCAAGGCCCUGGAGCUGGCCUUCACCACCCAGCAGUUUGCAGCACUGCAGCUCAUAGCAGAGGACCUGGAUGAGAAGUCAGAUCCUGCUCUCCUGGCCCGCUGCUCGGACUUCUGCAUUGAGCACAGACAGUUUGAAAAGGCUGUGGAGCUUCUAUUGGCUGCCAAGAAGUACCAUGAGGCCCUGCAGCUGUGCCUCGAGCAGAACAUGACCAUCACUGAGGAGAUGGCAGAGAAGAUGACUGUGUCCAAGGACUCGAAGGACCUGUCUGAGGAGUCACGGCGUGAGCUGCUAGAGCAGAUUGCAAACUGCUGUAUGCGCCAGGGCAACUAUCACCUGGCCACCAAGAAGUACACACAAGCUGGGAACAAGCUGAAGGCCAUGAGAGCACUGCUCAAAUCUGGAGACACAGAGAAAAUUGUGUUCUUUGCGGGUGUCUCAAGACAGAAGGAAAUCUACAUCAUGGCUGCCAAUUACCUGCAGUCCUUGGACUGGCGGAAGGAGCCAGAGAUCAUGAAGAAUAUCAUUAGCUUCUACACCAAAGGCCGGGCCUUGGACCUCCUGGCUGGCUUCUAUGAUGCCUGUGCCCAGGUGGAGAUUGACGAAUACCAGAACUAUGACAAGGCCCAUGGAGCACUGACUGAGGCCUAUAAGUGCCUGUCCAAAGCCAAGGCCAAGAGCCCCCUGGACCAGGAGACUAAGCUAGCCCAGCUACAGAGCAAGAUGACGCUAGUGAAGAGGUUUAUCCAGGCCCGAAGAACAUACACAGAGGACCCCAAAGAGUCCAUCAGGCAGUGCGAGCUGCUCCUAGAAGAGCCAGACCUGGACAGCACCAUCCGUGUCGGGGACGUUUAUGGCUUCCUGGUGGAACACCAUGUACAGAUGGAGGAAUACCAGAUGGCCUAUAAGUAUCUUGAGGAGAUGAGGAAAAGACUUCCUUCGGCCAACAUAUCAUACUACGUGGACCAACGCACUGUGGACACUGUGCACCAGGGCCUGGGCCUCCCUCCGUCUCGGAUCAUGCCUGAGCGGGUCCGCCACAAUAGCAUGGAGGACCAUAAGGAGGUGGACGAGGAGGUGAUAGAAGAGGUGGACAAUGACCCCUGAUGGCCCAGGUGCCCAAACCGGCCAGCAUCUUGCAGCUUGUUGUUAGUCAUUGGAAGGGCAGCUCUGUUUGUUUGUUUGUUUGUUUGUUACUAUUGAUUUUAAAUUCUGCAUUGUAAGCAGAGCAGUGGGCUGUGGAGUCCAGCCACUGCAGCCCAGGAGUACGCAGUUCUGGAUUUGCCCCAGUAGUUCUUAGAAGGAAGACGACAGGUGUCUUUAAGUCGUUCCUUCUGCACUCCUGCCUCCGAGUGCUUGGCAGUUCCUGUGGGGUUUGGUUUACUUCCUUUUAAAGGAGGUAGUUUCAUUUCCCCCAUGGUUUCCCAACAAUAGACUCAGAAAUUUCUAGAACUUUGUGACAUGGGCUACAUUUGGUGGCUAGAGACUCUUGUUCCUGUUAACUGCACCUGGAGUUGGCUACUUGAUAGUCCCCAGCAGAUCCCAGUGCCCCUAAGACCACAGCAAGGACCACCUGGGGCAGGCCUGAGCCCUAAGGACUGUGCCUUUUGUCAUCAAGCAGGGACUGGGAUGCCAGGCACUAUCCACAGCUGUUCACAUUCCCAUGACUCUAAAUAAAGUCCAUUUUCUCAGA